AAGUAUCUGCUGAAGAAGUCAGGUACCAUCUCAUUGCGUUUAGAGCAGCAGUCGUAUAUCAGAGUCUGGCAAACAGAGCUGCCUUCUGUGUAGCUAGCGUGGAGCUUUUUUGGCUGCACGAUUACUUAUUUGGGAAACUCAUCGGCUCCGACAGAAAAAGCCAGAGAAGACGAGAAGAAGAGUGAGAUUAAAGAGUUUGGUCCCUCUUCGGUGUCCAUCCUCUCAGCCUGAUUUAAAGGAAGAUUUUUGUCUUGAUCUCCGGGGAACCAUGAGCUUCCUUUUUGGAAACCGUUCGUCCAAAACUUUCAAGCCCAAGAAGAAUAUCCCGGAGGGUUCUCAUCAGUAUGAGCUGUUGAAACACGCCGAGGCGACGCUGGGGAGUGGAAACCUGCGCAUGGCGGUCAUGUUGCCCGAGGGGGAAGACUUAAAUGAGUGGGUCGCCGUCAACACGGUGGAUUUCUUCAACCAGAUCAACAUGCUGUACGGCACCAUCACAGACUUCUGCACAGAAGAAAGCUGUCCAGUCAUGUCUGCCGGUCCUAAGUACGAGUACCAUUGGGCCGACGGAACCAACAUCAAGAAGCCCAUUAAAUGCUCAGCCCCCAAGUAUAUCGAUUACCUCAUGACGUGGGUGCAGGACCAGCUGGAUGAUGAGACGCUUUUCCCUUCAAAGAUCGGCGUUCCAUUUAAGCGCAACUUCAUGUCUGUGGCAAAGACCAUCCUGAAGCGGCUGUUCAGGGUUUACGCCCACAUCUACCAUCAGCACUUUGACUCUGUCAUGCAGCUGCAGGAGGAGGCCCACCUCAACACUUCUUUCAAACACUUCAUCUUUUUUGUACAGGAGUUCAACCUCAUUGACAGAAAAGAGCUGGCCCCCCUACAGGAGCUGAUUGAGAAACUCACCACUAAGGAUAGAUAAACAGCAAUGCAGACGUGUAUUUUAUCGUUCUAAUUUUUUGCACAGAUACCCACCCCCUCCUCUGGCUGUAUGUAUGCAGUAUGUUCUACAUGGAUUUCCAUUUGGGGAAAUGCUUUUAAUAUUGCCAGGAAGAUGGCUGGGUUUUUGAUAGGUUUAAGGCACCAGGACUAAUGUUUUUUUUAUUAUUAUUAUUAUUAUUAUUAUUAUCAGGGAUUAUAGACUUGAUUAACAGAGAGAGAAAAAAACAUUUAGGUGUAUGAAAGAGAAUCCCUUGUAUCCACACAUGAUGAUGAUGAUUUUGAAUUAUAAAGACAUAUUGUAUGUUCAUGAAUUUUCAUUUCUCUGAUCAGCCAGUGCGCUCACAGGUGAGAAUAGCGGUGAAUUGGAAGCCAGCUUUAAGUCUUGGUCAGUAGUUUUCCCUCUUUUGUCUCGUUCUCCAUUCGAAGGUCAGACUUUAGUUGACUGCUAUAGUUGCCAUCAGUACAGAAGAACCCUAAGUGCCUAGCAUGGCUCGUCGUCGCCCUAUAUCAGCAACGAGAACUGUCCGAAGAUUAAGGCCAUAUUUGAUCGACAUAUUUCAAGUUUUCAACCUACCUCCCUUUAGACCUAAACAGCCCUGAAUUUUCCUAUUUGUUACUUUAAUCUUUACCUUCUAUUGGAUGGAUUUUUUUUUUCUGUAAACUCCCAAACUCCCCUUUUAUUUUUGAUUUUUGCAAGUCUCCUUGUGCUCUGAGAGGGAGGUGAUAAAUGAAUGUGUCAAAGGUUAUAGAAGUGAGGCUAGAGUUUUUUUUAUCAUUAUUAUUUUAGAGCAGGGGCUAAAAUUAAGAAUAAUAAUAAUAAGCUCUUAGGUUUGUCCCUGUGUGCUAGUUUCCUCCUUUAAACCCUCAAACCUUUCGAGUAGAAACAUUUAGCGAGGGAUCGGAAACCUUCAACUGUACAUACAUACCUGCAGAUAGAUACAGAUACAUAUUUAACCUCCACUGUUUGAGAACUUAUAAGCAUUUUUGAGUCGGAUAACGCUACAUACCUUGGUAUCUGGAUAGCCAUGAAGCACUUUGAACAAGUUUUCAAACCACUCUUGCCUGAAUGUUUUUCCUCUGCAUAUGUCAAAUGCUGUGAGAAGACGUGUCAUGUGACUGAUCGUAUGCAGUAGCUCUCAUCUGCAUGUAUAAUUUCAAGUUUUUUGAGACCAUAAUGGAUAAUUUUCCAAACUUUCCUCCACCAUUUACCACAACAAAAAUCUACAAUUUAAAAGCUAUGCUAACAAAUCCGUCUUUACAGGAAAUGAAAAGAAAGUUGAAAGUUUCUACACCCUUGAACGCACCUGAACUGUAUCAUAGUUUUGCAUGAGAUCCCUUUGUUAGCCUACAAACUACAACUUUAAAUUUAAAUGCUGAAAUUUACAUAUUGAUUGAAAUAUUCUUUUUAAAGUUGUGCAGGUAACUACUACGUUACAUUAAAGGUGGAAAACGUUGGAAAUGACUUGUGCUCAAACUCUUAAAAUCCUGAAAUUUUAACAGCUGAGUUUUGAGAGCUGCUGCAUCUUUUUCCUCAUAUUUUUCCAAUUGAAUGUUAAAUGGAUCAGUUUCCUCCGAGGUUAGCUGUAAGGCACAACUAAUGAUUUCUUCUACUUCUGUGAUUUUUCUUUCUUUCUUUCCUUCUUUUUGUUACUGUGCUUUAAAAAAUUGAAGCAUGCUCCCAUUUCCUAAUGUAAAAGUUUAGUUGCUAUGCAAUGACUGAAACACUAAACGGAUCACCACUUGGCUUUUUCGUACUCUAAAUCUUAACUAUUGUAAUGGUUCUUAAAUUUGGCUGGGACAGAAACGAAAACCUCGUCGGCUUUAGCUCAAAAACAGUGAUGAUCUGACGUUUUCUCACAGAAAGUAAAAUUGAUGCACAUGUGUAAAUACUAAGGACUGACUGAUUAUUUUUUUCUUUUUUUUUUUGAAGUGAGCAUGGAGUAGUGGCUUUCUCUUAAAUGAAUAUAUUGAGUCUUUUUAGAGGCUGCUUAGUCUCCUUUCUCCAAUUAUUGAAAACUCCUGUUUUGCAUAUUUAAUGUUUGUUUCACUUUCUUAUCUAAUUAUUAUUAUUAUUAUGAAUGUUACUGAUCAGCAGAUACUCUGAAGUGUAAUAGAAUAUGAGAUGCCCACAACGAAGCCUCCCGCCUCCAGUUGAUCCUCUUUGCUUUAUUGAUUGAUGAGAUGUUUGUAAAUAAUGGCUUGAUAUGGAUUUUCAGUGCUACUGAGUUGGUUUAUUCUGUUUACAAGGCAAAUAAAGGUGGUCUUGACUCGCUGAA